AUGCAACAAUCUUCAAGACUCCUGGCCGUCACCAUCUUCUAUCUCCUCGCCACCACCAUCAUCAGCCAGACAACAGCCCUCUCCCCACCAACCUGCCAAGGACUCGCACCACCCCAAACAAACCUCACUUCCGUCCGCACAGCCUUCACCUCAGUCCCGGGUACACCCUGGGGUCUCUCCUUCGCCGGCCCCUCCCAUCCAAAUCGCGCCUUCGUCACGCUCACGGGCCUCAGCGUCAAUGGCUCCGUGCAGUAUGGUAACGGCACACUCGGCGUUCUUGAUACGACUUCCUUCCCACCUAAGCUGCUCCAUCAGAUUCCGCUACCUGUGUCUUUUCAACCUCCUGGGGUGGCUGCAGCGGCUAGUGCGGGGAUUGCGCAGUUGAGUGUUAGUCCGGAUAGGAAGCGGGUGCUUAUCGCUGCGGGACCUGGAGGGAUUGUGGUCGAUGCUAGGAGGGCUCUUACUGGGGCGGCUGAUGCUGUUCUUGGGACGUUGAAAGGUACGACUGGAGAUAUGUCACCCGGUACGAACGCGAUUGCUGUUGCUGUCUCGCUGGAUGAGAAGUAUGCGAUGGUGAGCCAGGAACAUGGGAAUGGGUCUGCGCUGGAUAAUGCUAUGUCUACUCCCGGGAACUUGGAUGUCUUUAGACUGGACGCGGAUCCGAGGAAGCAUAACGGUACAGGCGGCUACCUCAUCGGCCAACUGAAUCUCGGCUACAACGUCGCAGGCGCCACGAUAGCACCAGAUGGCAAACACCUCUACGUCACAAGCGAACGCUAUACCUCCGCUGGCGCUCGUCUGAAUACCUCAGUUCCUUGCUCAGCUCUCCUUCCAGGCUUCUUCAGCGUAGUCGAUCUACAUCAGCUGGAACACCACCCAGCCAAGGCAAGGCAUAUCGAUAUCCCAGCGGGCUUCGCACCAAAUCGUUUUCGCCCUUCACCCCAUGGGAAGACGGUAUGGCUCACUGCUCGCGAAAGCAAUGCUCUCUUGGCAUACAACGCUUCUGCACUCCACUCCAACGACACAACCGCAGAUGCUCUACUAGCAGUGAUACAAGUAGGCAAUGCACCCGUCGACCUCAUCUUCGUCAAAAACGGCACAAGGAUCGUGACGGCAGAUUCGAAUCGCUUUGGCUACGCUGGAGCUCUGGCUGGUCUGACCGUCGUGGAGGUGGAAGCUGGACUUAGUGGUAGCGGUGGUAAUACGACGGCUGUACUGGGUAGAGUGCCUACGGGAUUCUUUCCGAGGGACUUGGCGGUUAGUGAGGAUGGGAGGUGGGUGUUGGGUUCGGUUUAUAAUUCCGGGAAGGUGCAGUACACCGAUGUUGAGACGUUGCCGUGA